GCGUGAGGCGGCAUUGUUCGUCUAAGGAUUCGACCGAGUGCAGGCAACAACACAAUCGAUAACGAUGUUGCUACAGGUUGUAAUUUUUGGCUGGUUUUUCUUCAUGGCAAGGGCAGAAUUUAAAUGCCACGAAAAACUAGACAUGGUUAUUCUGCUUGAUAGCUCUGGAAGUGUACCAGAAGAAGUGUUUGGAAAGACCAAGAGAUUCGCAAAAGAUCUUGUAAAGCACUUUGAUAUUUCAAAGGAAAAGACCAACGUAGCUAUCUUAACGUACAGCCAAUACGUAAGAGUAUUGAGGAGAUUCGACGAUGAAGUUUCAACAGAGUCCGUUUUGAAAUCCAUUGACAGAGCCGCAUAUGAAGCGUCGUUCUCUAGACUGGAUUCCGCACUUGAAAAUGUCCAGUAUAAAAUCUUUAAGAAGAAGCGAGGAGCAAGGUCCUCUUCAAAAGGUGUAAAGAAAGUUCUCGUGGAUGUGACAGACGGUUUUAGUUCACUUGGAAUUGAAUUCACAAAGAAGUUGGCCGGCUCCCUCAAAAGAACUGGUUUCGAGUUAUUCUCGGUGGGAACCUCUGAUCUCCUAUACAAAAGUGAAAUUGAGGCACUAGUUAGCAAGCCGAGCAAAUCUCAUGAACUCUUCAGAGACCUUAAGAAGAGUUAUUUUAAGAAAGAUGAAAUUGAGCAGUUUUCGAGAGACAUUUGUAAAAAGGAGUAAAAAAAAGGUUUAGAACAAAUUAAAGA